UUUAUUUUUGACAAACGUUGAAAAUGUUGUAAUAUUGUUAAAAUUGUGUAGUUUGUAAAAUGAAAUGAAGUGCCUCUCCGAAAAGUGCCAGUAUUUAACCAGAAUAUGAUGAUUAUUGUGGCACUAUGUGCGAAUUCGAAUGUGUGUGCGAAUGCGAUUGGAAAUUGGAUGGAAGAAAAUGCUUGAAGCAAGCAACAAGUAAACACACAAACAAAAAACGCAGCCCCCAUACAACACACCACAUAAUACCUAAUAAUAAAGUAUCUAAUAGGUAGAAAAAUAAAUGUGCAUAUAAUAAGUAGACAGACACAUUCAUAUGUGUGUCAAUCGAGUAAUUGUUGCAAUUGCGGAAGAAGAAAACAACAGCAACAAGAACAACAACAGCUGCAAACACAACUACAACUACAACUACAUCACAAUUGAGACAGUGUGUCCUUAUAGUUUACGCACUUGCCAUUGUUAUCGUUAUCGCUAUCGUGAUCGCUAUCACCAUUACUAUUGCUAUUGCCAUCAUAGUGGAUGAUGAGCCCCUUCGGUUCCAAGAAGAACCGUUCACUGCCGGUGCGCGUGAGCACCUUUGACUCCGAACUGGAAUUUGAGCUGGAACCCCGUGCAACGGGCCAAGAGCUCUUUGAUUUGGUUUGCCGCACAAUCGGAUUGCGUGAAUCGUGGUACUUCGGACUGCAAUACGUCGACACACGUAACAAUGUCUCCUGGCUCAAAAUGGACAAAAAGGUGAAGGAUCAAAGGGUCGAGCUGCAGGCGAGCAACAGCAUUUAUGUGUUCAGCUUCUAUGCGAAAUUCUUUCCGGAGAAUGUGAGCGAAGAGCUCAUCCAGGAGAUCACACAGCAUCUGUUCUUUCUGCAAGUGAAACAGAGCAUUCUCUCCAUGGACAUCUAUUGCCGGCCCGAGGCCUCUGUUUUGCUCGCCUCUUACGCUGUCCACGUCCAGUAUGGUCCCUACGAUUAUGAGAGCUACAAGGAUGGCAUGCUCGCUGGCGGAGAACUGCUGCCCAAAGGCGUCACCGAUCAAUACCAGAUGACGCCCGAGAUGUGGGAAGAGCGCAUCAAGACCUGGUAUAUGGAUCACGAGCCCAUGACGCGUGACGAGGUGGAGAUGGAGUAUCUGAAGAUUGCCCAGGAUCUGGACAUGUAUGGUGUCAACUACUUUCCUAUUACAAAUAAGAACAAAACCAAAUUGUGGCUGGGCGUGACGGCCGUGGGACUGAACAUCUAUGAUGAGCGCGACAAGCUAACGCCAAAGACAACGUUCCAGUGGAACGAGAUACGACACGUCAGUUUCGAUGAUAAGAAAUUCACGAUACGUCUGGUGGAUGCCAAGGUGUCCAACUUUAUAUUCUACUCGCAGGACUUGCACAUUAACAAAAUGAUACUCGAUCUGUGCAAGGGCAAUCACGAUUUGUAUAUGCGUCGCCGCAAGCCGGACACCAUGGAGAUACAGCAAAUGAAGGCACAGGCCAAAGAGGAGAAGCAACGCAGACAGAUCGAGCGCAAGAAAUUCAUCAGGGAGAAGAAGCUGCGGGAGAAAGCCGAACACGAACGCUACGAGCUGGAGAAGCGGCUGGAUCAUCUGCAGGACGAGAUGCGUAUGGCCAACGAUGCGCUGCGACGCUCGGAGGAAACCAAGGAGCUGUACUUUGAGAAGAGUCGCGUCAACGAGGAGCAAAUGCAGCUGACCGAGUGCAAGGCGAAUCAUUUCAAGACGGAAAUGGAUCGCUUGCGGGAACGCCAGCUGAAGGUGGAGCGCGAGAAGCACGAUCUCGAGAAGAAGAUACGCGAUGCGGACUUCUAUGUGCUCCAACUAACCGUCGAGAAUGACAAACGCGAGGCCGAAACGGAGAAACUGAAAAAGGAGCUAAUCUGUGCCAAAAUGGCUGAGCGCGAAGCAACCGCUCGCCUCCUCAACUUCCUCAACAGCGGUCGCAAAUCCUCCACUGACAGCCUCUUAACCGCUUCGACAGUGUCCCAGCAUGCCAACGUGAAUACGGUGUCCAGCAGCAUUGCGGCGAUUAGCACGCCAUCGUUGACCACGAGCAGUUCCACGAACGAUAUGGAAACGGCGGGCGGCGCUGAGUUGACGACAACUGCCUCGCAUUAUGCGUCGGCGUUGGGGGAUAAUUCCAGUGGGAUUUCGGAUGAUUUUGAGCCCAAGGAGUUUAUACUCACGGACAACGAAAUGGAGCAGAUCACCAACGAAAUGGAGCGCAGCCAUUUGGAGUAUUUGCGCAAGUCGAAGAAGCAGGUGCAGAAUCAAUUGCAGACCCUGCGCAGCGAGAUAGCGCCGCACAAGAUCGAGGAGAACCAGAGCAACCUGGACAUACUCAGCGAGGCGCAGAUUAAGGCCGGCGAGAACAAAUACUCCACGCUCAAGAAGCUCAAGUCCGGUUCAACAAAGGCGCGAGUCGCUUUCUUCGAGGAGCUCUAACAGCUGCUGCUGUCUUCUGUCUCCUGUUCACUGUCCUCGACCCCAAACUCCCACCUAGACUUAUUGCAUGUAUCUGCUAAAUUUGUAACAUAAUCUAUAAGCGAACUCCCGCCCUCACCCAACACAGCAGCUCAGCUCAAUAAACUCAAAGAGGGAUAUACUCGU